AUGAAGCCAAGGCCAGGUGUAGCGCAGUUGGUAACAAGUUCCGCUUUGACUGAAUGGCUCGAUGCUACGCUUACCGGAAACUGUGAGGAUUCUCCCGAUUGCAAAGAAGUAUUUGCAGGACCUAAAUGUGAUGCAUAUGGAAGGUGUAUCUUUCCAAAUGGGGUGAAGGAGAGUCUUAAGAAGCGAGUGAUGGCCGCUCCAUUGGCUGGAACGAUGUCAUCUACUGAGGAGUCGGAACGAAAAACUAUGGAAACAAAUACAAAAAAACAGUCUCCUCGCAACAAUUAUAUCCUCAGUGCUGCGUCCGCGGCGGGAGUACCGCCAGAUUCGGUCUGCUUCUCUGAUUCCGACUGUGCUGGAUAUCCACUUUCCUACUGUGACGGGAUUUGCAGAUGCGUUAGGGGAUCUCUUAACGCAGGAUCAACAUGCAUUUCUCCAGUGCCAUCAGUUUAUCUAUUUACUGCAGGAUUGCAAAAUUCAAGGACAUGUCCAACCGGUCAAGCAUACAUAUCUGAAGCAGGAGCAUGCAUGACAGUGCGGCUACCCGGUGAACCUUGUCAGUAUUCACAACAGUGCGCUGCGGCUGAACCAGGAGCCUUUUGCUCACGACUUCGGUGUGAAUGCACUUACGGAAUGAAGCAAAGCGGUACCGGAUGCGUAUUUAUCGAUUCCGAAUGCAAUGAACGUGGACUUGUUUUCAUUCCGGAAAUUGGAGAAUGUCGAGCAGUUCUUCGUCCUGGUAGCCAAGGAUGUUCCCACAAUCUACAGUGCUCGCAAGCAUUUCCGGAUGCUAGAUGCAUUCAGCACAUAUGCACUUGUCCAUCAGAACUUCCUGCUGCCGUCGAUGGAACUUGUGCACCACGCUGUUAA